AAUUAAAAAAUAAUUCAACAUGGGUCGUACAAAUAGAUCACGUAAACGCCGCGAAGAAAUGAGCAAGGCCAAAAAGGCACGAUAUGAUGUCAAGGAAUUGGCACGGUUAAAGAAAACUCUUGGUAUAAUGGACACAGAUGAAGAUAUGAAGGAGCUCUCAGAGGUGGCCACCGUUAAAACUGCCAAGGAAUUGAAAAUUGAAAAGAAAACAAAAGAAGAAGCCGAAUUGGAACAUGAACUCCAAGAACAACGUGAAAAGGGUGAAAACAUUACCGUUGUCAAUGAGAAAACCGGCAAAGUCCAUAUCUACAAUAGCAAAACUCUUAAAGAUCAACAUGGCUCGUAUCCACCAUGGUAUAAACCCAAGAAAACAGCUAAACGUAUUCGCAAGAGGGAUCAUGCCCGUACCAAGAGAUUUAAGCAAACAUGGACGGUAACAAAUGUUCCUCUCUAA